CGGAUGAAAGAGACAAGGGCAAUCCUGUGCCUCAUCUGGCUCUGCCAUCGGCCUGAGACUGUGUCAGGUGGGUGUUCAGAAAAGCCUGGACCUGGGGCUGUGCUGUUUGGAUUCAGCUUCCAGCUCUGUGAUCCUAAGUGGGGCCAUCCCUGGAGCUGGCCACAGGAUGCCCCCAUGGUGUGGAUGACCCGCAUCCAGCCAAGCCCGGCUCGGGUCCACAUGCCCCAUGAGGUCCGCUCCCUGAAGACUGCCUGGGGCCCCAGGCCCAUAGUCUGCUGAUCCAGAGCCUCGGCUGCCCAUGCCCGGCGUGGGAGGAGGCGCCGGGUGAGCUCCCCGUGUCUGCAGAGCGAGCAAGCAAGCAAGUGGCUGACGGCGGAAGGACCAGGGACAAGGGAGUUUGUGGCCAAUUGAUAGGAAACAUUUUCCCCAAGCGACUGCACAAAAUGACCAGCCUGUUCCGCAGAAGCAGCAGUGGAGGCGGCGGGGCGGGGGCACGCGGGGCUGGAGCAGGGACUGGAGGCAACGCCGGGGCCCCACAGGAGCUCAACAACAGCCGGCCAGCCCGCCAGGUGCGCCGCCUGGAGUUCAACCAGGCCAUGGACGACUUCAAGACCAUGUUCCCCAACAUGGACUACGAUAUCAUCGAGUGUGUGCUGCGCGCCAACAGCGGUGCAGUGGACGCCACCAUCGACCAGCUGCUGCAGAUGAACCUGGAGGGGGGCGGCGGCAGCGCCUAUGAGGACAGCUCCGACUCGGAGGGUAGCAUCCCCCCGGAGAUCUUGGAAAGGACUUUGGAACCUGAUAGCUCCGAUGAAGAGCCCCCGCCGGUGUACUCCCCGCCGGCAUACCACAUGCACAUGUUCGACAGGCCUUACCCUCUGGCCCCCCCGACUCCACCUCCCCGGACUGAUGUGCACACAUCCGGGCCCUCUGCGAGCCAGCAGCGCUAUCGGAACUGGAACCCUCCCCUGCUGGGCAACCUCCCUGAUGACUUUCUCCGCAUCCUGCCCCAGCAGCUGGACAGCAUACAGGGUAACCCCCGGUGCACCAAGUCUGUGAGUGGAGAGGGUGGCCUGCCUGCCACGGCCGGAGACCAGGACAGCCGCUGGAAGCAGUACCUGGAGGACGAGAGGAUCGCGCUCUUCCUGCAGAACGAGGAGUUCAUGAAGGAACUGCAGCGCAACCGAGACUUCCUCCUCGCCUUGGAGAGAGAUCGACUGAAAUACGAGUCCCAGAAAUCCAAAUCCAGCAGUGUGGCUGUGGGAAACGACUUUGGCUCUCCAUCCUCCGUCCCAGGAAACAGUGAUGCCAACCCUGCUGUGUCUGAAGAUGCCUUAUUCAGGGACAAGCUGAAACACAUGGGAAAAUCCACCCGGAGGAAGCUGUUUGAGCUGGCCCGCGCCUUCUCCGAGAAGACCAAACUGCGGAAGUCCAGGCGGAAGCACUUGCCCAAGCAUCAGUCGCUGGGGGCUGCUGCAUCGACAGCCAACCUUCUGGAUGAUGUGGAGGCUCACGCUUGUGACGAAGACCUCCGGGGAAGGCGGCAGGAGACAGCCAAGAUGGAGGAAGCCCUAAGAGAAGGCCAGUAAGAGGUGUCAACAGCUCCAUCUCACCAAGGAUGUUCUGAUGCGCAGUAGGGCAGCCGGAGAGCAACAUGGCACCCUGCUGAAGGACCCGGAUGCAGCCGGACUGUUGGUGCUUGAUUCGGAGGUCGGGUGGUCCUCCAGCCAUGGUCCAGCCCAGCCACUGCCACCUUCCAGGGGACUUAGAACUUUGGAGUCGCCAUCCUGUGACUGGAGGAGGGAACGUGGGGCCUCUAGAGGCAGCAGCCAGUCACAGCCCCUUUUGCAGUCAGGCUUUUCUACAGCAGUGGGUGGAAAUGCAAGAACCACCUCUUCCGUUCUUUAAAAAAAAAAAAAAAAAAAAAUGAGGACGUGCAGAGGCUGGAGUUUGGAAACAGGCAGGAGCCCCUAGGAGGCUCUUUGGCCUGGAGGUAGGCUCCUGCCUUCCUCCCUCCCCAUGUCUCCAGCCAGGUAUCAGUCUCUGCCUCAUCUCCACCGUCGCCAGCUCUCUGGGCACCUUGUGCCCCCCCUCCCCCAGGGCCACCUGCAUCUCAGCCUUUCCCAGGGGCUGCAGAGGCGAGCGGAGCCGCGGGAGGGCUGGAGGAUUCUGGCCUGGCCGGCAGGGUCUGUCCUUCAGGGCUGGGCAGCAGGGACUGAAGAGUGACACCCUGGAGAAGGUGCAGGGCUGGGUGGGGGAGGGUGAUGGGGAGAGGAAAGCUCUGCCCCUUAGGGCAGCAACCACUGCCGCGGCGAGGCAGGCAUAUCUCUCCCUGGGCUCCAGCGCGGCCAGGCCAGCGGAUCCAGCUUCCCUGCUUGGGGCUGUGCUGUGGGCCUGGGACGGAUCUGAUACAGCAUUUGGUGGUAGUGAGGUACUGGGGUGUGGCAAGGGUGAGCCAGGAUUGCGCCUCGUGCUGCACCCCUUAUGCCCUGCACCCCUGCAACUCUGGGGCUGCCUGGCAGCAAGACCAAGUUUGGGAGCAUGGUGCCAGGGACUUUGGUCGCCAGUCUCCUUACUUAUGCUUGGCUGGUCCCUAGCCAGACGAUGAAGGGUGCGGUAGUACCCAGCUGCCGACUUAAGCUCCAGACAGCCUGACCCUGAGGGUCAGAGGAGCGGCUCCGGACUGUGAACCCCACUCCUCCUGGGCCAGGGCCAGGUGUACGGGGUUAGCCCCAGCCCCAAGUCUCUGUGUGUUGCUUUUUUUUAAUCCUAUGUGUGGGUUUUUUCUUGGCGCUGUUUCAUAGGAACUCCUGUAAUAAAGACUUGGUGUUCUCUUGGU